AAUUGACAGCAGAACAUCUAACCGCCCAUAUAUAUUGCCCUAACAAGUUCAUCAUAACAUAUAACAUUGUAUCCGAGCGCUCCAAGGAUCAUCAUGACUGUAUGCACGGAUUGCGGGGGGACUGUUAUCGAGUAUGAUGCAGCUGCCGGCAAUGGCUUUUGUGUCAAAUGCGGAACGGUGGUAGAGGAGAACACCAUAGUUUCAGAGGUCACUUUUGGAGAAACCUCCGCUGGUGCGGCGAUGGUUCAGGGAUCCUACGUUGGUCAGGGUUCAACGCAUGCUCGCAUGUCGGGUCCAUUCGGGAACAGAGGAAGUAACGAGUCUCGCGAGCAAACUAUCGCAAAUGCUAGCAGAAAGAUUCAGAACUUUGCUGGCGCUCUACGUCUAUCUGAAGUUGUUUGCUUGGCGGCAACGCGUCUUUACACCCUUGCCGUUGAACACAAGUUUACGAAGGGUCGCAAAAGCAAUAAUGUUGCUGCUGUCUGUCUAUAUGUUGCCUGUAGACAAAAAGAGACACGUAAUUAUAUGCUCAUAGACUUCUCAGAUCUCCUACAGGUCAACGUCUUCGAGCUGGGCCACAUAUACCUGCAACUCGUUCAGAUUUUAAAUUUAAAACUCCCUCUCGUCGAUCCUUCUCAUUACAUUUCCCGCUUCGCGGCGUUGCUCGAGUUUGGCGAAGAAACUCACAAAGUCGCCACUGAUGCCGUUCGACUCGUACAACGUUUUGACCGUGAUUGGGUCACUCGAGGCCGUCGUCCAGCAGGAAUUUGUGGUGCAGCGCUCCUCCUUGCCGCGCGCAUGAAUAACUUCCGGCGUUCAGUCGAGGAGAUUGUACAAGUGGUAAAGAUCGCUGAUACCACACUGAAAAAACGAUUAGAUGAAUUCAAGAAGACUCCUAGCGGAGCCCUCACGCUUGCCGACUUUAGGACAGUGUGGCUAGAUGAGGAGAUGGAUCCUCCCGCCUUUACGAAAGGAAAGGAGAAAGAAGAGAAAGAACGGGAAGAGGCUCUCGAUGGGCCAAAAGACAAAGUCAAGAAACAGAAGCGGAAAGGCAAACGGAAAAGGAGAGGUAGCGAACCUGAAGGGAGACAGGUAGAAUUCGCGCCAUCUUUAGAGGAGAUCCCACCUCAGAUACCCAUGAUCGACCCAGCUCUGUUCAAUCAGGGUAUCCUUGCUGGAACGUCUGGGCCGGCGCCGCUGUUUUACCCCGACGAAAACGAGGAAGUUUACGCCAAUAUUGAUCCCGCGCUUCGACCAGCAUCAAAUGUUAUAUCCCCCGAACUUGAUUCGCCAACAGCGGCUGCCAUCGAUGAAACCGUUGAUCAGGCCCUCGCUGACGAAGUUGCUAGUUUCUUGCAAAACACUCAGGGUUCGCUCCUUCGUGACGCUCUGGACGAAGCUGAGCAGCGUCGACAGGCCCAGUUUGCCGAAGUCGAUGAAUUGCUAGGACUGGAUGAAGAGGAACUUGACAGAUUUCUCCUCACCGAAGAAGAGGUCAAAAUCAAGGAACGCGUCUGGGUAGAGAUCAAUCGAGACUACUUAGAAGCGUUAGCCGCCAAGGGCGAGGCAGCUGAUGCCAAUCAACCUAAAAGUCGCAAGCGUCGCAAAACCAGCACUAAACCGCGCGACGACUCAAUGCCGUCUGGAAAUACGGCAGCCGAAUCAGUGCGAAAUCUUAUCAAGAAAAAUCCCAAGUACAGUAAACGGAUCAAUUACGAUGCGCUCAAGGACCUUUUCGUCGAUGGACCACAAGCGCCAUCCCUCGAUGACAAGGACAACUUAUAUACUAUGGAUGAUAAGAGCGACGGAGAAGGUAUAAUAGUUCUUGAGGAAGACGGAGGAGGCAUCGGAAGUCAACGACCAACACCCCAGCUACUUCGAGAAGAACAAGGUGAGGAAGGAGAGGAUGACGAGAGUGAAAAAGGCGACGACCAUGUCACUGAUAUGGGAUGGGAAGAAGCGUACGAGCAAGAAGUCUAACCGGUGUCCUCGACCUAGUGUUAAGCUGCGUUGCUGUGCGUUCAAUAGUUCUGUCUCCUCUUUACGGUUCUUUCCUCGCUACUAUGGCGACCUCUGCUUCAUCUCACGGC